CGUGGUUGCUCUGAUUUAGAUGCUACAGGAUAUUACGAGGCAGAGAGGAAGAGAGAGAGAGAAAGAGAGAGAGAGAGGCGGAGAGCUGAGGAUCCUCUGUAUUUCCCUCAGAGAGCCAACCACACAAUGACAGAGUGUGUCUGAUAGAGCAACAUGUCAAGUUCUGGAUGUUUUAUAUGGAUUUUCUUCUCCUCAUGGGGGAUAAUUACAGCCAGUGUAGAGACUCUACCUCAUGUCAUAAAGUACCAAACAGUGAUACCUCAGAGGCUGAAGGACUCAUCUGUUUUUAAUGAUGAUGAUGCUGCUGCUACACACAAGAAAUACCCUGAUGCACUGCAGUACUCUAUAUGGAUCGCAGGGCAAAACCACACUCUGCAUUUGGAAAAGAACAAGAAUCUAGUGGGUAAAACCUUCUCUGUGACACAUUACUCUGAUCAGGGAGACCAAAUCUCAACCACUCCAGAUCUAAGUGUUCACUGCUACUACCACGGACACAUCGUGGGAGUGGAGGACUCCUCUGCCAGCAUUGGACUCUGCUCAGGAAUAAAGGGGUUUGUGCGGCUCCGGGACCAGACGUACCUCAUUGAGCCUCUCGGUACCAAGGCAGGACAGCAGGAUGACGGCCAGAGUGCCGACACUCACAGCGAUGAGGGUCUUCAUGCUGUUUACAACUACAAACACCUGAGGAAGAAGAGGAGCCUCUGUUCCCAUGGAAACACGACCACUUUCUAUGAUCAUGUAGCUCGUCCGUCUGGACUGUUCCGGCUCGCCAGUCUGGUAAAGACACACAAGAUGGACACAUCCAGAUUUAUGGUGCUGUCUCACAUUUCAUAGAUUUAUGCAAAAAACAAAAAAACAGGACUUUGCAUUGUGAUACAAAAAUAUAAGUAAUUCUCUAUCGUCAUGACAUUUAUGAAGAUGUAUGAAAAUAGAUUUCUUUAGGUCGACAAUUAGAAGUGAAGUUACAGUGAAAUAACCACAUUUCCCACAAGUGACAAUACAUUUAGUCAAUAAAAGGAUCUAAGAAAAAAGGGAAACACCACAGAGAGAAGUUAUAGAUCGCUUUUAAUACGUUUGGGUCAUUACCUGUGACUGAGUGUGUGAAUAUUUAGCACAAAGUCACUGUUACACUGCUCUAAAAGCAUUUAAACGAUCAAAUGGACUUACAUAGUGCCUUUCUAUUCAACUUUAAAAACUCAAAGCGCUUUAUACUAGGAUUCCUAUUCACCCAAUCACACGCACUUUAUUCACACUCACAUCUGGGGUAACUCAGGGUUCAGUGUUUCUCCCAAGGACACUGUGACACACAGACUGGAGGAGCUUCUGAUUGGUAGACAACCUACUCUAC